UGCGCUGUCAGUGUACUGGUCUGCUGCAAGGGAUUGCUCGCUCCUUUGCUUCCCCACAUUUACUGCCCCUGCUUGACUACCAGCACUAGCCUUCAGCAGCCUCUUCCAGCUGGCUGAGAAAACGCUCCGAGAGCGAGGGAGUCAACAAAACCUGCGAACCACAGGGGGAUUCAAGCCACCUCUUAAGCGAUACGAACCGCCGGGAUGACAAGGAAUACUGUUACACGAGCAAACAGUUAACAGGAUUCACCUCUAUGUAUCCUUUUUUUCUUCUUCUUCUUUCUUUGCUUUCGUCACAGAAAGCACGAUUAACAGCUUGAAUGGAUUUAAAGCUUAAAAGUCAGUGAUUUCUUCCUGAGACGGACGAUUAAACAUUUAGACAGAUUUGCUGAAACUCAAGCAGAAAGGGAGAAGAGGAGAGCCACAAAGAUAUUUAAAAUUGUCUGGGUUUUUAUUUUUUUUUUUUUUGUUUUGUUUUUUCUUUUUUGAUCAUCUCUUCUCUCUGAUCCUUGCAGCAGAGGACUGCAGAGAAGCAAAAGAGACAGAGCUCAUGUAUGCAGACAGGAGAACUUGCACUUCCUACCAUCUCGCUGAAAGCUACUUGGAUUCCUCCUCUUUCUGGCUCUUUCACUUGAAGAGAACUAAGACAUUGUAAGCCUGCCAAGGAUCUGGUGUCCACUGAAAAGAGAAAAAAGGCAGGGGGGGUGGAGAAUGUCUACCACAGUGGGGUCUUUUUCAGAUUCGUACAUAAUUAGUGUUGGGGCACAAAGCAAGAUGCUGAAUGGAGAUUGUCAGCUUUGGAUAGGGGUGAGUAAGAAUCUUUUUGAAUAAGACCGAUUGGCGAAGACAGUUUCAUUUUUCAUCUCCUCCACUCUCCACCCACUGGCUAAUAUCUCUCACGAGCAAAAGGAUUUGUUCUUUUUUCGACGCAAUUUCAACAAAGAUUUCUUCACUGGAUUGAACAACAGAAAUAUAAUCUCACCAUCUGCAGCUAAGAUAGAGGGACAGAAUGAAAUAUUAUUUAAUCAAGUAAUAUGUUGUGACAAAUAUGAUCUGAGCAGUACAGAUACAAUAUCCAGAGUGGUUCAAUGGACAUUUUCUCCCCGACAUUCCUGGAUAUUUAUGCUAAUGGAUUUCCUCCUAAUUGGACUGUACUUAAAGUGGCCACUGAAGAAGCCCCCUGGGUUGAUACUUUGUUCACUGGGCAUUUUUCUAAGAACUAUUCCUUUGGCAGAGACUGUUUGUCCAAGGCUGUGCCGCUGCGACAGCAAGCUGCUGUACUGCGAGGGGCUCAACCUCACAGACAUCCCCCGCAAUUUGAGCAGCGCCAUGGGCCUGUCCAUGAGAGAGAACAACUUGACUGAGUUACGUGAAGGCCAACUAGCUGGUCUGUCACAGCUAACCUGGCUCUACCUGGACCAUAACAGCAUUGACAUUGUAGAGGAGGGUGCCUUCGAAAGGCUGAGACGGGUCAAGGAGUUAGACCUGAGCAGCAACCGGAUUGAGUUUUUGCCAAAUGGGACAUUCAGACCCCUCCCAAACCUGCGUAUUCUGGAUCUCUCAUAUAACAGGCUGCAGGCACUAGAGCCUGACCUGUUCCAUGGCCUUAGGAAGCUCACCAAUUUGCAUUUGCGCUACAAUGUUCUCAAAUUUGUGCCAGUGCGUAUUUUUCAAGACUGCAGGAGCAUGCAGUUCCUGGACUUGGGAUACAACCAACUGCAGAGCCUGGCACGUAAUUCCUUCGCUGGCCUCUUCAAGCUGGCUGAACUGCACCUUGAGCACAAUGAACUGGUCAAAGUCAACCUAGCCCACUUUCCUCGCCUCAUCUCCUUACGUACCCUGUACAUGCACAACAAUCGUGCCACAAUUGUUGUCAACACCCUGGAGUGGACCUGGCAUUUUUUAGAGAAGAUUGACUUGUCAGCCAACGUAAUUGAGUACAUCGAGCCACACGUGUUUGAGAGUGCUCCCAACUUGAAGGUACUGAUGCUCGACUCCAAUCGUUUGGCCUCUCUGGACCAACGCAUCCUGGAUUCAUGGUCAUCUCUGGACAGCAUUACCCUGGCAGGAAAUGAUUGGGAGUGUAGUCGCAAUGUUUGUGCCUUGGCCUCUUGGCUGAGUGCCUUCCGAGGCCAGCGUGAUAGCUCCCUGCUGUGUUCGAGCCCUGACACCGCACAGGGCGAGGAUGUGCUGGAUGCUGUCUAUGCUUUUCAACUGUGUGAGGAUUCCCCAUUAGAGGUGACCACAGCAGGCCUGUAUGCCUCUACAAGAGAUCUGGCCAAGGGUGGCUCUGUGUUUCUGGGCCCUUUCACUCCAAAUCCUUAUGAGGGUGAGGGUAGUGAGGUGGUCACAAGUUCUUUCACAGUCACAGUGGGCCAUGAUGAUCUGGAGAGCACCAUGCAAAUUCACAAAGUAGUGACUGGCACCAUGGCACUCAUUUUCUCUUUUCUCAUUGUAGUGCUUAUGCUGUAUGUGGCAUGGAAGUGCUUUCCAGCUGGAAUAAGGCAACUGAGACAGUGCUUCAGCAGUCAGCGCCGUAAGCAAAAGCAAAAGCAAAGCAUGCAGCAGAUGGCUGCUAUUUCCACGCCGGAGUACUAUGUUGACUAUAAACCUAACCACAUUGAAGGAGCUUUAGUAAUCAUCAAUGAAUAUGGCUCGUGCACAUGCCAACAGCAACCUUCUCGAGAAUGUGAGGUGUGACUGCAAUGAAGUCCUUACCUGUGAUUAUGUGGAUAUACAGCAAAUAUUUUUGGGAUCCUCUUAGGAGGGGGAUAUUGUAGAGCAAAGGGAACAACUGGAUAUUUGGACACUUUUUACAGCAUUUCACUGUGAUGUGGAGAGAGGGUGAUUUACAUGACUGACUAUUUUGUGAUGGAUUUAUUGCUACUGUUGUCUACUCCUGAUCUGAAACCAGAGGGGCAUAAUGGGCACCUGGCAAUUGGACCUAUUGGUGCACAGAAGAAAAACAACCUAACUAAAAAGACAGAACAACAAAAAAACAGCGGAAUAUGAGGUGGGCACUGGAGCUUUUCUCUCAUGGAAGGAUAUUUGAGCUUUAAUGUGUCUUUCUACUUCAGAACAAUUUAAUAUUGUUUAAAAUAAAUUGCGGACACACGAGAAAAAAAAACAAAAGAAAA